AUGGAUAUCGGUACCCUAGUACCAAGCGUGCAGUUCUGGAACGACCCAGGAGCCUCCAACAAGAAACUUUCUCUAGUUGAUUUGACGACGGGCAUGCAGGUGAGAAGAGGGCGUGGUUCGGGCUGCGACCACCAUGCGAGCUUGACACGUCAAUUGCAGCCUGACUCGCGAGGGGACCGUCUGGAAGGCCAGCCUGAUGCGACGUCUGCACCGGAUCAGACAGGACGUCAGCCCCCGUCCGGUGGUGGUGAGAAGCUUAUCCCGACGGCACCAGCGAGCCUCACUGAUGUUGCCCUGCGGGACAGUGAGGCGCUGUGGAGAGAGAUUAGUGGAGGAGGACGGCGAGGGGGCGAUGCAGAUGAGCAUCCAGAUGAGAGCGAUACCGGACAUGGGUGUCCUGACGAGGCUACUCAGCGUCUCGCAGAACGACAGAGGGGUAUGCCUCCACCAGGGACGGAAGAACGCAGCCAGACCACGGUGAUCAACGCAGCGUAUCUGGGUCCGAGGGUCGCUGGCAGAACGUCGGUUGCCUACAAUAAGCCGAUAGUCGUCGAUAUGGAGUUGCCUGUAUGGGGCUCUUUGGGACCACGAUAA